AAAGUAUAUAUAGUUUGGUUGUACUUUCUCAGGGGGCGCGUCUCUCUAUGAUCAGUCUGAUGUGUUAUGAUUAUCGCGAGCGAAGAAACAGUUGCAUUGCUAUUGCGUCAUAAUUGUUAAUAAGCCGUGAACGAAGUAAAGAUUGAAGGAGCAAGAUGUUGUUAGCGAGAGCUUGCCGAGCUGGUGUUACUUCUCCAUCUGUGGCAUCGUUCCUCAAAACACCGGUUGUUCCGAAGACGCAGUUCUCCAAAGGUCAAAUCGCCAGAUUAUUCGUCAGCGAUGGACGCAGUUCUUAUACGAGGACCGCGAGGAGGAGGGCCACCGCAGCGGAACAAGCGAUGGCUCCAGCUGGUGAGACUGCUUUCAAUAUAGGAAAGGGAGCGGUUGCUGGAGGAGCCGUAGUAGGAUUGGGUGCACUGUGUUAUUAUGGAUUAGGUCUUUCUUCAAGUACAGGUGCCAUUGACCACGCAAGCUUAUGGCCACAAUAUGUCAAGGACCGAGUGAAGUCUACCUACACUUAUUUCGGCGCAUCCAUCGCGGCCAGCGCGGCGUCUGCAGCUCUAUGCCUGCGUUCUCCCGCGGUGAUGAACAUAGUAAUGCGCCAGGGAUGGAUCGCGCUGGGUGUCACGUUGGCUGCGUUGAUCGGCAGCGGCAUGGUCGUGCAAGGACUCCCGUAUCAGGAGGGUUUCGGCGCAAAGCAGAUGGCUUGGUUGGUGCACACCGCAGCAGUGGGUGCUGUACUGGCACCGUUAUGCCUCCUGGGUGGGCCUCUGGUUCUCCGAGCGGCUUGGUACACCGCCGGCGUUGUCGGUGGCUUAUCAGCGGUCGCCGUUUGCGCGCCCAGCGAUAAGUUCUUGAUGAUGGGCGGCCCGCUCGCCAUCGGUUUAGGCGUAGUGUUCGUCAGCUCCCUAGGCUCCAUGUUCCUGCCGCCGACCACCAUUCUUGGAGCAGGAUUACACUCUUUAGCACUUUAUGGAGGCCUGUUGCUGUUCUCCGGCUUUCUGCUCUACGACACGCAGAGAAUCAUCAAGCAGGCGGAGAUGCAUCCCACGUACAAUGUUUACGGCCGACAGUAUGAUCCAAUCAAUAACGCAAUUUCAAUUUACUUAGAUACGAUCAACAUCUUCGUGCGGAUUCUAUCUAUAUUGGCAGGUGGCGGUGGUAAUAGACGCAAAUAGAGGAAUAGAACCGACAUGCGGCUCAGGGAGCCCGUCGUCUCGGUGCCGUUGCAUCCCGGUGGACUGAACAACAACCAGCUCCGCAGGCACGGCCCGAGCCGGAACAUCGCCGGCGAGAUCGGCGAUCGCAACGAGAACGCGGCGAGCCCGGGCUCGCUCCCGCCGGAGCCGGACUCGGCGGACUUCCGGCUGGCUGAGGACACCACCACGUGGUCCUCCUUGGCGAUCGCGCGCGACAACGUGCAACAGAACACCCCGCCGCAGCAGCCAGUCAACGUCAACAACAAUCUCACUGAGCCGAAGGUGCAGAGGAACAGCUCCGUCGAGAGCCUCGCCGACUACGAGGGCACGACUGAAGAGCGAUCCGCCAACGUAAACAACAAUCUGACCGAGCCCAGGAUACGAAGGAACAGCUCCGUCGAGAGCCUCGCCGACUACGAAGGACGUAACUCGCCGCACGAGAACUCAUCACACGAGUUAACGCCGUCCGAGUGGUCCGAUUGGUCCGAGGAAGGGAACCUUCCAGCAGGCUGCCGCGGCAUCGUCAACCCCAACUACCCCGGCUUCCAGCACCUGGCGCCUUCCUUGCUGUCGGACACCGACUUGACCGAGGACGAGCACGACAGCUGCUCCGAUUACCCGCCGCUCUAUUCGGGCGUCCACCAGGAGCAGACGCCGUUGGAGAACGACAACGAGUACAACAACAACGUCGACGACAGCAUUAAUCAUCUCUGCGGCCAACGGAACGACCGCAAGGUCUUCUACGAGAAGCCCAAGUUCAACAUACAGACUGUGACUUCUCUAUACGAGUCGGUGGUGCCGCCUUCGGAAAAGUGCAUCAACUACGUAAAGAGCGUGGAGGUCUCUAGGUCCGAAGAGAAGUCGCUGUCGCCGGAGCCGGAGGUCGUCGUGAACGGCGUCGUUGAGGCGGAGACCCACUUGACGGUCUUGGAGCCGGAAGAGGGCCUGGCCGACCAGGUGGACCAGCACGCGCCCGAGUUGUCGCAGGCGACCCUCGAGGACAAACGGGAGCGUGAAGUCCCCGUCGAGGUCGAGCUGGUGGAGUUGACCACCAGCGUGAGCGAGAGUUUGCAGUUUCCGGAAAUUGAGGAGAUCUUGGACUCCGGGAAGACUAGCGAAAUCGGCGAGACGGAGGACGUCGCGGUGGAGCACAUCGACCUGAUACGCGAGGCAAAGGAGUUGCCUCACCCAGCCCGGUCCAAAAUAGGCAACCGUCAGCCGGUGACGUCGGGCGGCUCAGCCGACGACGACGAGUCGGAGAGUAACAGCGACUACUCCGAAGGCUUCGCCGAGGAGCGGCCGACGUACACGAAGCUGGAGGAGAUCGACCUGCUGUCAAGUAUCGGUCGGGACAUAGGUGUCGACCUCGAGAAGUACGCUCAACCGGUGCCGGACGUAGUCGCGAUGGAGUCCAUCGAGAACAUUCGCAGUCAGUCACGGUCCACCUCGGUCAUCAAGGACCACAUGGAGGACACCAACAAGCUGCUGGAACGCGAACUAUCGGAGGCGUCCAGCGCGGACGCCAGGAAGAAGGAGAAGAUGGCCAGGAACCAGGCCAAGCGCCGCCAGCAGCAGCAACAGCAACAGCACCAGCACUCACGCACCUCGAAUUCUCAUAGACGUCCCGAUAAACGCAGAGCUGACAUCGAGAACGGAUCAGGCGGCUUCGACGUUUACAACAUCGAGACGGCGAUGCCAAAGAUCGACUUGGACGCCAUCGAGUCACACCUCAGAGCUGCUCGCGAGGAGGAGCGUCGGCGACGAAAUGAUCGCGAAGAGAUCAGGAGGAGAUUAGCGAUGGGACCUGAUGCCGAGGACCUACGCGCCGAGCGUGGACGAAAGCCGAGUCUUCAGUCACGUCUUCAGAGCGGAAUGAACCUUCAGAUUUGCUUCAUGAACGAGACGUCAUCGGACACCGAGUCCCCGGGCUCGGAGAACGACGCAUCCCCCGGCUCCACGCCCACAUCUCUCGGCUCGAAGCAGCUAGGGAAGCAGCAGGCGCCGUCAAGACCGCAGAUGUUGAGCUUGCCGUCCUUGAGACUUGACAUGAGCUCCAACUCCACGCCGGUCGACGAAGCGGACUUCUUUGCGCGGCAGGCUAGGUUGCAGACUGAAGCGCGAAUGGCCCUGGCGCAGGCCAAGGAGAUGGCGCACAUGCAAAUGGAAGUGGAAAGGCAGAGGCUGAAGCAGAGUCCCAUCACCGAGAUGGUGCGAUGCAGCUUGGAGAAGGUUGGUGUUCAGUUGGGUGAGGAUAGACGCAGAUUGUCCCGAGUGCUUCUCACGGAGCUGAAUGUCGCGCAGCUUCAAGUAGUGGCGAACGACUUGCACGCGAGGAUUGCUGCGCUGAAUGAGGCGCUUGUUGAAGGUCUUUUGAGGAGGGACGAUCUACACAUGGAGCAGGAUUCGAUGCUCGUCGACGUUGAAGAUCUCACUCGAUACUUAGGUGCCAAGCAGGAGUCGUUGAAGAAGAAGCAAAGCGUGCAGCAGCCGACAAAUCGGAACCAUCAGCAGUCUUCUGGAGCUCCAAUGAAGCUGUCGAUGAAACCGAAGCUGACGCACCUGAAUCGUGGUCUGGUCGCUCUUGUGAGAAAAUAAUCCUUCGCCACGAGACUGCGCAGUCUCGUCGGAAAUUGAACUCCGAGCGGAGCAACGCACCAUGGACGACUUUGGAGACGUGAAACAUGCAAGAGAAGGAGGAGAGAAAAAACAUGAAAAGGCGAAGAAACUUUUUCUUCGGAAAAAAAAUUGAGAAAAAAGAUUCUUCGCCAGGGAAGAAAGAGGAUGAAAGAUCUUUUUCUUUUAAGGAGGAUGGGACGGCCGGGGCUUCCUUCGGGAAGAAAAUCGUCGAGGGUAGGAGAACAGUCGCGUGUGAAACCGCGUUGUGCAUGCUCGAGAACUCCUAAAAAAAAGACGUUUUGACGAUCGGCUUCGUUAAGCAGGUGGGAUCAUACUCCACCUGUAGCACGGGGAGAAGAGUAAAUCUCUCUUUCUCUCUCCCCGAAUUUCCAAGAGUUUUUACAGCUUUGUCGUUAACCACGUGGAAGUAGAGAUUUGCGAAUGUGCGUAUAAAACCAAGCAAGCAACUUCGUUUUCGUAUCCCACAUUGAAAUUCUCCGUCUCUUUCUAUCUCCUCGUCUGUACUACUCGGCCCCGUAAAGCUCAGAUUAUGUCCCCGCGACAUGCAUGCAUGUGUCUACGAAUGUAUCGAUUAUCGCCUUUAAAAAGUAAUAGCGUAUCAUAGCGAGAGCGGAUCCUUUUUCUCUGUUGUACAUAUAACGAAGAUUUAUAUCAGAUUAUUAUAUAUAUAUAUAUGUAUGUAUAUAUAUACAUAUAUAUUUGUAUAUACAUAUAGAUACAUAUAUAUGUAUAUACAUAUACAUAUAUAUAUUGCCGUAUCUCGAGAUUCCAUGGUGUUUUUGGAAGUGCUUCGUUCCGGUCGUGCCACAGAGUAAGUGAUCCGCGCGUGUGCGUUGAUGUAACGUUAAAAUUCCCGUAAACUUGUGGUCAGUUUAGUCCGCGCGUAUACGAGAAGAAUGUCUCAAUCCAGUCGAUCCAUCCAUAGGGUUCACGAUCGUCUCGUGGGUCCGCAGACGUCUGGUUGCGCGGAUCGAUCCUCGCUUCGGUAGAUCUCUAGAUCCGCCAAGUAGAAGAGGCAGUCCCGGAGCUCUUGAUUUCGCGAAUUCAUCCCUUAGAAAUAUCGUCGUUCGAUUAUGGCACACAAGACUCGGGCGAGAUGAUGAAACGGCUUUUAUCGCGAGCGACGUGGAAAGCCGACGCGCCGUUCCCGGCAUAACGCAACGUUCGGCGAGGGAAAGUGCACAGAAAACCAGUGACAAGGAGAAGCGCAACGACCGUGAAGAACGAAGAACGCGUUACAUAUCCAAAUAAGCGGUUUAGUAAAUGCAAAAAGCGAUUAGUCCAUAUAUAGCAACUAUGAAAACGUAAUCGAAUAGACAUACUCGAUACCCGAGCGCGCCGUUCACGGAGUUUCCUCGUGUUAUAAUGUAAAAUAAAAAAAAAAAAGAAAACCACUUAAAAAAAGAAAGGGAGAAAAAUCGACUCGGAAUUCGCAAUCAAAAUUACUCGUUGAUAUGGAUUAUUCGAUUCUUGCAUCGCGUUGUUUUUCUGCAUGUCUGUGUCAUAUUUUCCUCCUAAAUUGUUCUCUCAAUUGUCAAAUUUUUUAUUCCAAUGUCUCUGGCCCCGAAUCAUGCCUAUUAUAUAUAAUUUUUCUUUUCGAUGUUUUUUCUGAUAUUACUGAUGUUUCCUUCUAAAUUGUUAUCUUAAUCUUUUCUGUGAAAUUUUGGAUUCCAAUACCUUUGCCCCCGAAUCAUGCCUGUUGCAUCUAACAGAAAGGAUCUCGUUCACACGCAAGACUUCAAUUGUAGCUGAAAUAAAUUUCAAGGUCUAAGA